GACCUCGUCUCGUCUCCAAACCUAUUAAAAAUAUAUUUAGAAAUGUUAACGUCACUCAUUUAUUUAAGCUCCUUGAACCAGCUCCAGCGUGCAACAUUUAAACCAUGGCUGACAUGCAAGAUGCAACACUUUUCCUUAUCUGCAUAGCUUCCAUUAUCUUCUUCCUAACGAUCUGGGGCAAGACUCAGACCCAGGCCCAGCUUCCACCAAGCCCACGAGGGUUACCAAUCAUUGGCCAUCUCCACAUGCUUGGUCCUGUAACCCACCAAGCACUUCAUAAGCUAUCAACCCGCUAUGGUCCCUUGGUUUAUUUCUUCAUUGGUUCAAAACCUUGUGUUCUUGCUUCUUCCCCAGAAAUGGCCAAAGAAAUUCUCAAAACCAACGAAACUAAGUUCCUGAACCGCCCUAAAACGGCCAAUCUCGAUUACCUCACCUAUGGUUCAUCUGAUUUUGCCACAGUGCAUUAUGGACCUUACUGGAAGUUCAUGAAGAAACUUUGCAUGAAUCAACUUCUUGGUGGAAGAAGGCUAGACCAACUUCGUCCCAUUAGACAGGAAGAAACAAGGCGAUUUCUAAUGUUAAUGCUGAAGAAAGCUGAGGCAAGUGAGAGGGUAAAUUUUGGAGGAGAGCUAAUGAGGUUGACAAAUAACAUAAUAACAAGAAUGACACUGGGGCAAAGGUGUUCUGAUAAAGAAGAUGAAGCUGGUGAGGUGAGAAAAUUGGUGCAAGCGUUGACUCAGUUGGGAGCUAAGUUUAAUCUGUCAGAUACAAUUUGGUUUUGUAAGAAGUUGGAUUUGCAAGGGUUUAGAAGAAAGCUAGAGGAUGCUCGGAAGAGGUAUGAUGUUAUGAUGGAGAGGAUCAUGAAGGAGCAUGAAGAGUCGAGGAAGAAGAGGAAGCAAAUGGGCGAUGAGGGUGAUUCCGAAAGGGAUUUACUUGAUGUUUUAUUCCAUAUAUUCGAAGACAAAAACGCAGAGAUGAGAUUGACCAGAGCAAAUAUAAAAGCCUUCAUUAUGAAUAUAUUUGGGGCUGGAACGGACACAUCUUCCAUCACGUUAGAAUGGGGACUGGCAGAGCUAAUCAACCAUCCGAAUGUGAUGGAAAAAGCAAGAAAAGAGAUUGAUUCUGUAGUUGGAAAAAACAGAAUAGUAGAAGAAUCAGAUAUUGCAAAUCUUCCUUAUCUGCAAGCCAUUGUGAAGGAAAUACUAAGACUUCACCCUACUGGCCCUUUAGUUGUAAGAGAAUCAUCUGAAGAUUGCAUUAUUGCUGGUUACAUGAUUCCAGCAAAGACUAGGCUCUUUGUGAACUUGUGGUCUCUUGGAAGGGACUCCAGCCAUUGGGAAAACCCUCAUGAGUUCAGGCCUGAGAGGUUUCUUAGUGAAAAGUGGUGUCGAAACAACCAGUUUUUGGAUGUAAGGGGGCAGAAUUUUCCGAUGAUACCAUUUGGAAGUGGUAGAAGAAGCUGCCCUGGAGCUACACUAGCAUUACACUUUGUUCCAACAACCAUUGCUGCUAUAAUUCAGUGUUUCGAAUUGAAAGUUGGUUAUGGAGAGAAUGAUAUUGUUGACAUGGAAGAGGGUCCUGGGCUAACACUUCGCAGGGCUCAUUCCCUUGUUUGCACCCCUGUGGCUAGGCUCACUCCAUUUCCAUCAAUUUGAUCAUCACAAUGUUUUAUGAAUGAUGCU